AUGAGUGGUGACGCGCUCACUGGGUCGAGCAAGGAUGAUGGCGAGAUCGGUCUGCCCAUGACGCCCAGGCUCAGCUCAACCCUAGUGAUCCUAGCGCCAAGUCGAAGCAGCGGAAGCACGAGCAGCUGGGAAGCUCCCUGGAUGCGCACACUCAUGGUCCAACGAUCCUCUAGAAAGGGCAGCUCCUUCAGAUCCGCAGUCGUCUUCCCGGGCGGAGUGGUAGACGACGCGGACUUCGAGACCGCCGGUAUCGCUUGUGAGGCCAAGACGUACAAUGACGAGAAGGAAAAAAAGGCAGACGUCAAGGAGCUGGCGAUACGGAUCGCAGCUGUAAGGGAGACCUUUGAAGAGACGGGACUGCUACUCGUGCCAUCUCGCGCGGAGGCGAGAGGGAGCAUACCUCGCUGUAGAGCCGUCGGGGCUGGAGAAGCUGGCAUGAGCGUGGAGGAGUGGACUGCGAUGCGUGACAAGGUGAGACACAGAUACUUCGUAGGCAUCUCUUCCACUAUCAUGCCGAUGCUCGCGCGCUCCCGGCCCAGGUGCAUACAAGCGCCAAGACAUUCUUACCGUUCCUGCAAAAGGUCUACGAGCGUUCGAUUGGCUCGGAGCUUUCGAAGGGAUCAGUUCCUGUGGCGAGCAUGGCGGCAUACAGUCGCUGGAUUACGUGAGUGAGAGGCCAAUCCAGUACAAGCGCUUCGUGAGCUUGAUCGCCUUCACUUCCCAACAGGCCCAAGACAGUCGUUCGUCCGGCCAAGCGCUUCGAUGCACACUUCAUGCUGUGAGUGGCCACAAUCAGUAGAAUCUCUCUUUGGACGAUCUGACCUUGAUCAUUCAUGCGCUCUGCAGAACCGUGCUCGAUGCGGAAGAUGUUUUGUCACCUGCCAAGCCUGGUCCAUCGGGAGUGGAGCGCAUCGCGAGCGGGGGACGUCUCGGGACUAAGCGCAGACCAGCAAGAGGUUCAGAUGCUGAGGACAGACACGCCAGCUGA